CAUCAUUCUUGCUUGUGGACACUUGUAGAGCGGUUAAACGUUGAACGUUGUAGCUUGAUCUAUUUUCAAUUUUUCAACAAUUCUUAUUGGAUAAUUGUAAACAAGACUCUUUCUUUCUUUCUUUUUUAGUUUUAACAGUUACGAUAAGUUAUUUGAAUUCUUCGACAAAGACGAGUAACACAGGCAUAUGCAGGAAAAUUUGCAAUUUGAAGAGAUAAUUAUCGCGCCGUCUAAUUUGUAAAGGGAUCUAGAUUGAGAUAGAUCAAGCAAUAUAAAAAGUAUUAAGUACAUUAAAGAACAAUGCCUUCUCGAGAGGAUAACAGUCAUGGACGCAAAGCAAAUUUUAAAUUUAAUAACAAACAUGAAGAAGCUCGAAUAAGAAGGAAUGCAUUAUCAGUGGAGCUACGUAAAGCCAAGAAGGAUGAUCAAUUAUCAAAACGACGUAAUCUUGAUACAUCAAAUCAAGAACUGUCAGAUUUAUCGAAUAAAGCCACUGUCUCACCCACUCCUACUCUUUCUAUAGAUGAAAUUGUAAAUCAUAUAAACUCAUCAGAUGAGACGUUACAAUUGUCGGCAAUUCAGACUUGCAGAAAAUUAUUAAGUCGAGAAAAAAAUCCUCCUAUAAAUGAUAUAAUAGAAGGUGGUAUAGUACCACGUUGCAUUGCGCUCUUAGAUAACGAUUAUAACGUUGCUUUGCAAUUUGAAGUAGCAUGGGUAUUAACUAACAUAGCCUCUGGUACAUCUUUACAAACACAAAAUGUUAUAAAAUAUGGAGCAAUACCAAAAUUAGUGAACCUACUUAAAUCUACAUCACCCGUCGUUGCGGAACAAGCAGUGUGGGCCUUAGGAAAUAUAGCUGGAGAUGGACCAUAUGCACGUGAUCUUGUUCUUGGACAUGAUGCUCUGCCUCUUUUGCUGGAUUUAAUUAAACCUGAUACUUCAAUAACAUUCUUGCGGAACGUUGUAUGGACUUUAUCUAAUUUAUGUCGAAAUAAGAAUCCACCUCCACCCUUUGAAUUGAUUAGACCUGUUCUACCAAUAUUUAAUCGCCUGCUUAGUUAUACAGAUCGAGAUGUACUUGCUGAUACUUGUUGGGCACUUUCUUAUCUUACUGAUGGAUCCAACGACAAGAUACAAGCAGUAUUAGAAACUGGCAUUAUACCGAGACUCGUACAGAUGUUGACUUUGCAGGAAGGAAUGAUUCUUACUCCAGCAUUGCGUACAGUUGGAAAUAUAGUAACAGGUGACGAUGCUCAAACGGAUGCUGUAAUUCUUGCGGGAGGAUUGUCACAUCUUGGUGCUUUGUUGCGGUAUCAUCGCGUCAAUAUUGUAAAGGAAGCUGCUUGGGCAAUUAGUAAUAUUAUGGCUGGUAAUACGAAUCAAAUCCAAAAUGUGAUAGAUGCUGGUCUUUUAUCACCAUUGAUAGAAGUACUGCAGUUUGGGGACUAUAAAUCACAAAAAGAAGCUGCAUGGGCUAUAACUAACUUGACAACAGGAGGAACAAUCCAACAUUUAUCCCAAUUAGUGGGAGUGGGUGUAUUACCACCUUUUUGUAAUUUAUUGGAAUCGAAGGAUUGGAAUAUUGUUAUUGUUGUAUUAGAUGGUCUAACUAAUAUUUUGCAUGCAGCAGAGAAAAUAGGACAAGUGGAAAAACUUGCUAUUCUGAUAGAAGAAGCUGGAGGAUUAGAUAAAAUAGAAGCUCUUCAACAUCAUCAGAAUGAGCAAGUUUAUCAAAAAUCUAUGGCUAUAAUCGAUGCGUUUUUUUCACAAAAGGAUGUAGAAGAAACUCUUACUUCUGAAGUUCAAGAAAACUGUGAAGGACAGAUUGAAUUUAAUAUGACGGCGGAUUCAUCGACAAGUAAAUUUGAUUUUUGAUGAAGGGAACUUUGAAUUCGGAUUGAAAUGUUAUAAAUUAAUGUUAUAAAUUAAAGAAUUUAAUGAUAUGGGACUAUUAUUAAUUUAUA